CGGGUGGUGCGGUUGUCCAGAUUCUUCCAUUUCGUCGUGCAAAAGCCGGUACUCCUCAUCGAAUUCGGAUGGGGCAAUAUUGAGUUUGAGAACAUCUCCAACGUCAAUAUCCCUAGUUGCGAUGAGUUCCAAUGUAACACCAACAUUCGACUGGUGAUCCUUAUUAGAACGAACGAUGAGCUUGCAAUUAUAUUGAUCUCCAGUGCCUCCGACACGCCGCACAAGGCCAAUAUUUCCCGAAACUGGUAGAAUUGUUAUUUCUGAAUACCCCACAAAACGAUCAACCGACUCCCAAUUCGUAUCGUGCCCUUGGUAUUGUAACACAAGCUUGUUAUCGUCACGCAAGUCGAUGAGAUGUUGGUGAUGAUCGAUCUUGAGAUUUUCCCAAUAGAAUGCGAUCGGACCCAUAGGUGUGCCCCGCACGUAAUUGCGACUUAUGACCAAGCCCAGGCUCUUUUCGAUUUGGGCGCCCUUCCUUAUGGCAACCUUGGCUCGAGCAUCACUCAGUCCGGCAUCGAAGGGUGCUAAUCUUGUCAAGUCCAUCCACGACGAGGGUUCAAGGAUGGUUCCCGCGCCACCACUAUUGUAGUGCAUACUCGUCAAGAUCGGCAAGAUAUUGUCCCUCCAGGUUGGUUGACCGAUUCCUGCGUAGAUCUUUGAACAAUACGACGACACGAAAAAAGGCAACAUGUUCGGUUCGAUAGCCUCUGMCGUCAUUGAUUGCGAAUUCAAUCCUCGGUUUUCGAACCACGCUUCUGAUAAAUCGUCUCCGUACGAUACAUAUAAUUGUUCCCCGGCGGCUAUGUCCCUUGUGGCACGAAAUCCGACUAAAUGAGGCACAUCAUCUCCUUGUUUUUCGGACACUUGUACGUAUUUUAGGUUUGGAUUAGCAUGGUGGUUGUAGAACGCACCAUUUCCUAGCAGAACAACGUUGUAAACUACGUCACUCAUAUUGGUGUCCUCGCCUUCAUGUUUGUUCCGCUGGAACCCAAAGACGAAAUUGUCCAAGACAGAGUGUCGAGUAUAAGGGCUCUCGAGUGGGAUAAAAAACGGUGUUAACUCCACUAACUCGUCUGCCCUGAAUGGCUGAGCGGCGUACACCGCCCACCCAUCCAUGUUUGGUGUCAAAAAGGUGCUGCAUCCCUGCCACGAGUGYGAUGUUGAUUGGUAUUGUUGUGCACCAACGAAGACUGAUGACGACGUUGAGGAAGGUAACGAAGACACAGGUUCCGUCUUUAUCCUUGCUGAUCCUAUGGUAAAAACCAGUGUGAUUGCCACAAAUAGAAGCCUUCUUAACACUGACCGAUGGUGUUCCAUUCUAUUUUGUAUCAUCCUUUCUGUCUGCGUAGUACCUAUCUUGCUUUUCCUUUUCUCUUGGCAAUAAUUUGUUGAGUUCGCCAGCGCUUAGAUUCGAGUUGCAGUGGAGUCUAUGAUUGUAUCAUCUAAGGCAUGUCGAAGUAGAACCAUUUUUUAAGUGGUGACCGUUAGCUCGUUUGAGAUAUGAAAGUAGUCGCGUUAUUUAUGCUUUAUCGUCGAGAAACUUACUCCGAAGCUGAGGGAGUCAAGAUCAAGAUGAUGACACCGCGGGAUGGUUUGCGGUCAUCGUCGCGCACAAGAGUCAUUCGAAAGGUCGUCAACACCGGACUCAGACUAGAUUUACAUAACGGGCCCCAUAAUGAGUCAUUCCCGGUAAUAGACAAAAUUUUGAUAGACUGACAGACCGGAAAUUUAUUAGAAGUACAUCUGUAACAAUUUUUAUUUCAUUUGAUUGAGGCCAAACUGACCACAUCAAACCUAAUAAAUUUUAUGUUGGAACUCACGAUUCAAAAUUUGAAAGAUUCAACAGAAAGGCCUGCCAAAAAUUAAGACAGAAUCAACGAAGAACUUACUAAGACUCAUCUACUAGUAAUAAGGCGCCUCUAACAAGGCGCCUUCAACAAGACAUAAACUAUGUCCUGAUYGGUGCUCUUAGUCAGUUCUUUCUAUUUCAUUUCUCUGUUGCAGCAAGAGAGCAACAGUAUGAGGAGACCCGCAACCUCAACAAAGAGGAGGGAGCUCAUUCUUGUCGCCRAACCGGCCUCAACAAAGAGGGAACUCAUUCUUGUAGUCCUAUCCCCUGCACUAUUUUUGUAGUAAGAAAGAUGCCAAAAGCUGGCAAUACAGGCCAGAAGGCUGGUGUAGCAAACUCCUCUUGCAAUGAGCUACACAGUCUCAUGGGCAUGAUACUUGACAGUCUUCCAAUUAGUGGAGACGACUGGGAUCUCAUAGUGAAUGAUCAUGAAAAAUUGUGGCCCUUCUUUAGAAGCCAGACAUCCAUCAAGACUAAGUAUGCAGCUGUUAAGAGGAUCAAGAGCUCAACGAGGAAUCCAAAUAUGCCAGAGUACAUGAAGAUGGGACGCUGGGCCCACAUCCUCAUAGGUCAGAAGGCAAAUCUUGGUACUGGGGAGGAGGACUUUGAUCUGAAGCAAGGCUACAUUAAAAGUGAGGCUGUGGAGGGCUUCUGACUGGUGUCCUGGCUGGUAUUCUUGCUGAAGUAUCUGAAGAGCCAGAGGUUCUUCUUGUUGGGGAAGCAUCAUCUGCUGAAGCCUUGCCUGUUGGUGGACCAAACAUGCCAGGGGCAUCAUCUUCAGCCUUGACACCUUCACUCGUGUUACAAUCCACUCCUAUCCCCAGGAAAAGGGCCUACAAGCAGAAGAAAUCAAAUGUUCCGGAUGCUGCUGCAUUCAACCAGUAUAUUAAGAGCCAGCAAGAAAGAGACAAGGAGAGUUGCAAGAUGUGGAAGGAARCCAUUGGGGCUGCAAAGGAAGUUGUAAGGGAUUUUCUAGGAGGAGCUGCUGUUACCAUGUUCAAUCAGUGGCAACAACACAACAAUGCAUACCAUCAUCCUUCACACCAUGGUCCUCCUCCACAUGGUCCUCCUCCUCAUGGUCCUCUGCAACAUUCAUACACCUCCAUACCUCAGCCUCCUUACAAUGCUUCCACGUCACAGCCUCAUCUGCGMAAAYGGAAGUGCCAGGAACAGGAAUCAGAAUCCCAUGGUGAGGAGAAGGAAUUGUCAUGGUAAAUAUUGAUUGCAAUUCUGAUUGCUAUGCUGCUGAUAUCUAUCCAUUAUGUACAUCAAUUGCUGACUGUCUCAUUGUCUACUACUAAACUUGCCUCUUUUUAAGCCAACCACAGCAUUGACAGCACCCAAUCGACUAUGGGAUUCACCUGGCAAACACCCCAUUGCCAUCAGAGGAUAUCAUUUGGCCAAAAACUAAGUUAUUGCCAGUAAGGUUGAAGUUAUGGUCUGAAAAGAAUGUAGUAGAAGCUAUUCAAUGAAAGCACUCUGGCUGUUUGUUGUUUCUGAAAUAGGAAUGGAAAUCAUUGAUUUGUUGUGUAUGCUGGGUAUUGUUUUUGUUGGUGUUAUUUUUUGUAAGCAGAAGAGGUGUUCUUACAAAAAACACAUUCUAAAGAUCUUCCCUGCAAUUUGUGAACAGUUCUUCUUAGUAGUGCUAGUACAUUGGCAAUAUUAAUUGGGAAUUGAGAUAAUUGUUUCCCCUUGUCACCUGUUGAGUUUGAUUGGUACUCAUUCUUGACUCAUAUUCUUUCAGACAUCAAAAUUUUGCUGUUGCUGCCAUGUUUUGAGAAGAUGAAGUGAUCCCUUUUUUUAGUCUUCUUCUUUAGCAAGGACUAUCUCUGUCCAUUCAACUUUCUCAGCAUCUACACAUUGAACAUAAAAUCCAUCAAUGUUGAUAAUUUCAAAAUCUUGGUACCCAUUUUUCAGUUUGACAGACUUGAAUGUACAUAUGGCUCCAUUUUCUUUUGACUUUUUAACAUCUAUGUUGUCAUUGAACAUCAUGAAAGCAGGUCUGUCAACAUACAAUUUAAGCAUUGCUGGAUCUUUCCUUUUGGAGCAUUUGUUUGUACCUGCAACAAUGUUAGCAUCAGAUGUGGUAGUUAGCACCCAGUAUUUCUGAAUUCUGGAAUGUCUCUGUAUUUUCCUUUAGUCUAUCUGCAGUUUGAUUACAAUGGUGUGAUCUGGCAAUCUCUUGUUUAUGUUUUUGAAUGUGUUGUUUUGAGAAACUCAGAAAAUAUGCCAUCAUUUAUUGCACAUUUGUCUGCAUUGCUGUAUGCUGCAUAAGCAAUAUCUUCUGAGAGUUUGUCCCAAGGUUUUACAAUUCUAGAAUUGAUUUGAACAUGCUCUUCUUUCAAGCCAUUUAUUCUUAAAUCAUCAAAAAGCUCUCUCCGGAUUGGAUCAUAAGAGUCAUGGUUGGUUUAACCGAACUAUCAAGAAAGUGAAGUUAAGAUGUKGAUAUUUUUUGGGACCAGCAGUCCCAUUACAAGUGGCGUGAAUUUGCUGACGAUGAACAACAUUUCAAACCCACCACCUGCUUCAUCAGGAUAUUAAACAGUAUUGUAUUUUAGAUACAGCAGGAACCAGUGUUCGUCAUUCAAGCUUGUUAUUACAUUGUUAUAUUGUAAAAUGUCGAUGUGUCGUACACACUUUUGUUUCGCUCUUUCAAGUCAGAUAAGUCAUUAUUGGGAGGUUAUCAUGCAUAGAUUGCUUCUGAGUUUUUUAUCAUGUAAAAUCUGAAGAACUGAUUACAGGCAAUUCCAUGUAGGUACUAGAGAAUUGUUGUCGUUUCUGUAAGUUGGUGUCGCUGCCGAAUGUCGACUGAUGAAAAAGAUGUGACACUGAUGAGGGACGUUUCCUAUAAAAUAUGUAGAACACAAUACCAACCAUGAAAAAAAACACAGUCGCAAUGCCAAAAUCUCGUGGCGAAAUCGCCAAUCGAUUCAUUGACAGCGAGGUCACUUCACAGCAACCAUCUACUUGUCUCGUUGUGGUUGAAUCAAGUUCGCGUGGCCAUAGUACAACAUCUCCAGAAUAUGCGCCCUGCAUCAUCGGGCGAAGGUUCUCUCCAUUUCGGUCGACGCUACCAAGCUUUCCAGUAGAUUCCUCACCCCUGCAUCCGAAAAAAAUUCUCUCAGGAGUACCAUGAUCUUCGUUCCAUACAACAUCCAACCCUGUGACUACUAGGGACUUCUCCAAAGCCAUUGGUUCGUUUAACCAAUCUAUAGUAACCUCUCCUCCUGGCAUGCAAAACUGAGUCACCUGCGCUUCUGUUAAAAAGAUUUCUGUAUCUCCAUUGACGUUGAAAUAGACAGAAUUUUCGUCCUCUGUCGUCGCAAUGGGCAUGCAUUCAAUACCUUUAUUAAAAAUUGUGUGGCAUAGGUGAUCAGGGCGACCUGUCUGCUGGUUGUAGUGUAAUUUUUGGUUCCCGCCAUUCCAGACACCCAUUCGCAUAAAUGCAUGAUCGACAU